GCACGAAAGAGGCCGAACUUCAACGAAGCACUCCGGAACAUCCGGCUGUAGCUUCUCAACAUAAACAGCAAUGGCGGAGGCAGCAGCAGCGUCCGCGGCGGCUACAGCAGUAACAGGAGGUUGGACCAAGCACGUAACCUGCAGAUAUUUCAUGCAUGGUCUUUGCAAAGAAGGAGACAACUGCCGAUAUUCCCACGAUCUGACCAGCAGCAAACCUGCAGCUAUGAUUUGCAAGUUUUUUCAGAAGGGAAACUGUGUGUUUGGGGACCGAUGCAGGUUUGAACACUGUAAACCAACAAAGAAUGAGGAGCUGCCAACCUCCCAGACGCUGCCGCUGCCCUCCGCCUCGCUUGCCUGUCUAUCAGACCCCAAAGCCAGUGGGCCACCUGGACUAGGGGCACCAGACUGGGUGAAUGCUGCUGAAUUCGUUCCAGGACAGCCAUACUGUGGAAGGGCCGAGCCAGCGAAGAUGGAGACCUCAGGGCCUCUCAUUGAGGAGUUUGACAGUGAUGCAACACCAGACAACAAAGAAUUAAGGAAGCAGCUCUGUCCGUACGCAGCUGUUGGAGAGUGCAGAUAUGGAAUCAACUGCGCCUAUCUCCAUGGUGACGUGUGUGACAUGUGUGGCCUCCAGGUGCUCCACCCCAGUGACAAUACUCAGCGUUCAGAGCACACAAAGGCAUGCAUCGAGGCCCAUGAGAAAGACAUGGAGAUCUCAUUUGCCAUCCAACGCAGCAAGGAUAUGAUGUGCGGUGUGUGUAUGGAGGUGGUGUUUGAAAAGGCAAAUCCAAGCGAGCGGCGUUUUGGCAUCCUCUCCAACUGCAGCCACUGCUACUGUCUUAAGUGCAUUCGCAAGUGGAGGAGUGCCAAGCAAUUUGAGAGCAAAAUUAUCAAGUCGUGUCCAGAGUGUAGAAUCACAUCCAACUUUGUUAUCCCAAGCGAGUACUGGGUGGAAGAUAAGGACGAAAAGCAGAAACUCAUCCAGAAAUACAAGGACGGCAUGGGGAGUAAACCAUGUCGAUACUUUGACGAAGGUCGUGGAACGUGCCCUUUUGGCUCAAAUUGCUUUUACAAGCACGCCUUCCCUGACGGACGGCUGGAGGAAGUUCAACCACAGCGAAGACAGAGCGGAUCCAACAACAGGAACCGGAGUUCGAGGCGAACACCACUGUGGGACAUCUUUGAUGAGCGGGAAAGCACCGACUCCUUUGACAAUGAGGACGAGGAGAUGGUGACAUUUGAGCUGAGCGAAAUGCUUCUAAUGCUUCUUGCUGCAGGAGCUGAUGAUGAGGUGACAGAUUCAGAGGAUGAAUGGGACUUGUUUCAUGAGGAGCUGGAUGAUUUCUAUGAGAUUUACCUAUAGCAGUCCCUUCCACAAACUCCUAAUCCUAUCCUAACACACAUGUAUACUAGACACUAGAAUGGACUGUCUUGUGCCAGUGAUGGACAGUAGCUUUUCCUCACACCCUCAUGUAUUGUGGCAGUGCCUUUAAGCAGGCCAUUAAUAAAUGAACCCAUAAAAGAAAAAAAAUCCAACAAGUUGGUGCGCUUGUGCUAAACAUUUUCUAGACAUCUUAUCCCUGUGAGUCUUUCUUGUGCCGUUCUUGUUUAAAGAAUAAAAUGGUAAAAAGAACGCAAUAUAAGAUUUAACAAAAAUUAUAACUUUCUUUAAAUAUUGCUAAUAAACAUUGUCAGGUUUAUUUGUGGGUGUGGGUUUGACUUGUUUAUCAUCUAUCCAGGUGUUUGUACAUACUUUUGAGGGUCAGGAUGCACUUAAACUCGGCACCAUUUACUGUAAUUGUGAUGGGCAUGUUGUAAGAUUUUUACAUACAGAUUUUGAAGGCCGGAUCUUCUUUUUUUGUUGUUUAUUAAAGCUGCUGAUAGCCAUUAUAUUGUGCUGAUGUUUAAUAAAUUUACCAUAAUCAUUU